AUGCCUCUGCCUCUUCGCCCCCUAUGUCUGGCCUGCCAAACUCGCGCCACUCUUUUCCCCCGAUAUGCAUUGACCCCUCCGACAAUAGGGCAAUCUGCCCGCUCUAUGGUCACAGCUCGCAUGCGCCGUCAAGCAGCCCGAAUGGCUCUCUCGCCCAAUGUCGCCAAAGCCUCCUUGAAGAAAACCCGUGCUGAUGAACGAAGGGGUCCGUUUGCUGGAAUGAAUCAAACCGAAGCUCGAAUUCGUGGAACGCCCCGGUCCAGGUCUCAGGCGGAGGUCAAGCGUUCUGGUAAUCCCGGAGAGACGAGCAGCAACAAAGAGAGUCCGUUAUACAAGGCAUUGAAGAUGCAGACGGCAUUGUCACCGGUGCCAUAUGGCCGAAGAACGGCAAUUAAAGAAAAGCUUGCCAAAAUCACCAAUUUCGACCAGUUUCCAGUCCUGCCUGUCGUCCGGGAAUCGAUCUUCUCGCAGGCUCUUCCCGGGUUGAUGGAUAUCACCCCGACCCCGAUUCAGCGUUUAGCGAUUCCAAGAUUGAUGGAAGAUUCAACUCAGAAACAUAAAAAGAAGUUCGACGACGCUGAGCCGAACUACGAUCAAUAUCUUCUUGCGGCGGAAACAGGCUCGGGGAAAACACUGGCAUAUCUGAUUCCGUUGGUCGACCAUGUGAAACGCGCAGAGGCCCAGGAUCUAGUGGAGGAAAAGCGCGUGGAGGAGCAAAAAGCUAAAGAAAGAGAGGAGAGGAUGAAGAACCAAGCUUUCGAUAUCGAACCCGAAGUCGCUCCGCUGUCCAACGCCGGCCGACCUCGAGUGAUCAUUCUGGUCCCGACAUCCGAGUUGGUCGCCCAGGUGGGCGCCAAGGUCAAAGCGCUUUCGCACACAGUCAAAUUCCGUUCGGGGAUGAUUUCGUCCAAGUUCACCCCUCGUCGGAUCAAGAACGUACUCUUCAAUCCAGCUGGCAUUGAUGUCCUUGUCUCUACCCCUCAUCUCCUUGCAUCCAUCGCCAAAACAGACCCGUACGUCCUCAGUCGUGUCAGCCAUCUUGUUCUCGACGAAGCCGACUCGUUAAUGGACCGGUCAUUUUCCCCGACCACAACUGAAAUCAUCGAUAAGGUCGCACCAUCGCUUAAGAAGUUGAUUUUCUGUUCUGCUACGAUCCCGCGGAGUCUCGACUCUAUCCUCCGGAAGCGUUACCCGGACAUAAUCCGGUUAACAACCCCUAACCUGCACGCUAUCCCCCGUCGCGUCCAACUUGGAGUGGUGGACAUCCAAAAAGACCCCUACCGCGGCAACCGCAGCCUGGCUUGUGCCGACGUGAUCUGGCACCUUGGAAAAGCGGGUGAUACGGAACCCACAGGCCCAUUUGCAUCGUAUAUGGACCCCAGCAGCAAGGCGAAGAAGAUCCUUGUCUUCGUCAACGAGCGCGAGGAAGCAGAUGAAGUUGCUCAGUUCCUCCGCUCCAAAAGCAUCGACGCUGUCUCUCUGUCUCGCGACUCGGAUGCCCGGAAACAAGAGGAAAUCCUGGCCGAAUUCACUGAAACCCCUCCUACACCAACAUCGGAUGAGAUCUUGCAGGCUCAGAAAGACCGCAAAGAGCAAGAAGCGAUUCCCUUUAUUGAGCCCGAGUCAAAGCAACCUGCAAACCAGAGCCCAUUCCGACUACCAAACACUAAGGUACUCGUCGUGACUGACCUGGCAUCCCGAGGUAUCGACACCUUGGCCGUGAAAACUGUCAUCCUGUACCACGUACCACACACGACAAUCGACUUUAUCCAUCGUCUAGGCCGUUUGGGUCGUAUGGGUAAGCGCGGUCGUGGUAUUGUGCUUGUCGGGAAGAAGGACCGCAAGGAUGUGGUCAAGGAGGUUCGCGAGGGUAUGUUCCGCGGACAGGCUUUGAUCUAA